CUUAAGACCUGAACAACACGUCCAUUCAUCUUUUUUAUCUACAUUUUUUAAACAAUAAUGGUGAACACUGAACAAAAACAAGAUAAAGUGGAUCAAGUGGAAGCUAUGAAUAUUGAGGAAGACGAAACAACCAAACAACUUCGUCUGGAAAAAGAAGCUACCACAGCUUUACUCAACGAUCUGAAACGAAACUGUACCUUACUGGAAAGAGCUGUUGAUGCCAUCGAAUCUCGGUUCACUACACGUGUCUUAAGAACUCUUCCUUCUAUUCGUCGUCGACUUACUGCCCCUGUACUAGCAGAAAUCAUUACAGAAUACUAUGGAACCGAUGAACGAAAGAACGAACUUUUACAAGCCUUAGGUCAAGAUGGAGAAACCAUGCAAGUGGAUUCCAGUAGUGAUAAAAAAUCUACGACCAUUUUACCUGAAAUUGAUAUCUAUUUGCAUUUGAAUGUACUUAUUUACUUAUUGGACAAGAAUGAAUUGGAAAAGGGUCUUCGUUUGGCAAAUAAUACUGUGGAUCGUUUGGUACCCCUCAACCGCCGUACUCUAGAUUUACUUGCAGCUCGUGUGUACUUUUAUCAUGCUCGAUUCUAUGAACUAACUGAUCGUUUGGCUGAUAUUCGACCAAUGCAAUUAGCUGCUCAUCGUACUGCUAGCUUACGACAUGAUAACGAAACACAGGCCACUCUACUCAAUUUGUUAUUGCGAAACUACUUUGUGCACAACUUGUAUGAUCAAGCUGAUAAGCUUUUGUCCAAGAGUACCUUCCCUGAAAAUGCUGGAAACAAUCAAGCUGCCCGUUAUGCAUAUUAUCUUGGUCGUAUCAAGGCUCUUCAACUUGAUUACACCUCAGCCCAUACAUUCCUUACUCAAGCCAUUCGCAAAGCUCCUCAAAACAAUGUUACAGCUGGAUUCCAACAAACCGUGAACAAAUUCUUCCUUGUCGUUCAAUUAUUGAUGGGUGAAAUUCCAGAACGAUCUUUAUUCAGACAACCUGUGUUGAAAAAAGCCCUUGUUCCAUAUCUCCAUAUUACCCAAGCUGUACGUGUGGGUGAUCUGAACAAAUUCCAAGAAGGUUUGGCUGAAUUUGGUGAUGUGUUCAAGAAGGACAAGACAUACACACUUAUUCUUCGUUUGCGCCAUAAUGUGAUCAAAACUGGUAUCCGUAUGAUCAGUUUGUCCUAUUCCAAGAUCUCGUUACGUGAUAUUUGCAUCAAGUUACAUUUGGACAGUGAAGAAGAUGCACAAUUCAUUGUAGCCAAGGCUGUUCGUGAUGGCGUGAUUGAUGCCACAUUGGAUCAUCAUCGUGGUUAUAUGAAGAGCAAAGAAAUUGUUGAUAUCUACUCUACCAAUGAACCUCAGGCUGCUUUCCACCAACGUAUUAGUUUCUGUUUGAAUCUCCAUAACGAUGCUGUCAAGGCCAUGCGAUUCCCAUUAGAUGCUCAUCGAAAAGAAUUGGCCACUGCCGAAGCUGCUAGAGAACGUGAAAAGGAAUUGGUACAAGAAAUUGCUGAAGGGGGUGACAUGGAUGAUGAAGAUGAAUUUUAUGAAUAAAGUAUAGUAUAAUAUAGUUAUCUGCUUUUUUUUUUUUUUGAUCAAUAAACUG